AUGGGACUUACCGCCACAGGAACUGGACGAGGUGGUGGCACAAAGGGGACGGGUGCUGGAACAUUAUAUUUGUUUGACAUGUCACGUGAAGUAGAUAUAACAGAAAAUUUAAAUUAUCACUCACGAGGAGCAGUUGGAGGCGGAGCCACAGCAAUACGAGGACGAGGAAGAGGGGGAGGAGCAGUCACAGGUGGGGCUAAUGCAGGACGAGGAAGGGGAGGAGGAGCCACAUUAGGUCUGGGAACAGGCGGUAGUGGGCGAGGAACAGGAGCGGGAGCAAGGCGAGGAGCAGGAGGAAGCAAUUGUGUGCGUACCGGUGGAGAAGGCCCGUUUAUCUAA